GGAUUUCAUUCACUUGCUAUCUGACACUGUAAACAAAUGCCUGCUGGCAUCAAGGAAGGAACGAGGAUAAAUGAUCAGCUCGGGAGGUGACUAGUUAGCUAGCUAAAUUAGCUUGACAGGGUUUCCACUAAAUAGCACAGCCACAAAAUCAAAAUUGGCUAUAUCGUAAAGAUUAAUGAAAACAUAAUUGGUGUUAAUGUAAGGUUAGGCGUACGGUUAGUCCUGUGGUUAAAGUUAGGUUUAAAAUCUCAUUUUAAGAAGGGACAUUUUAGAAAUAGGCGGGGUUUACGACUUUGUGACUGUAGUAACGACCGUUUGACGGAUUCCGAUCAAAAAAUGUCUUGGAGCCAGGUAUUCCACACCAGCUGCCUUGUGCUUCUGGUACAUCUGCUCUGCCUGGAGGCAGUGCCCAUCAGUCUGGACAAGACCAAGGUGAACCAGCCGGAGGACAAAGCCUCAGAGCCACCGCCAAGUGUGGACACUGGACUCCACUAUGACCGUUAUCUCAGGGAAGUCAUUGAUUUUCUGGAAAAAGACCAGCAUUUCAGAGAGAAGCUCCAUAACACAGAUAUGGAGGACAUCAAGAUGGGGAAGCUGGCCAAAGAGCUGGACUUUGUCAGCCACCAUGUAAGGACACAACUGGAUGAGCUAAAAAGGCAGGAGGUUAGCCGGCUACGGACACUGAUCAAAGCCAAGCAAGACAUCGAAGGAGGGAACGAUAUGGCAGUAGACCACCAAGCUCUGCUGAAACAGUUUGAGUACCUGAACCACAUGAAUCCUCACACCUUUGAAGUGGAGGAUCUGGACAGACUCAUCAAAUCAGCCACAAACGAUCUGGAGAACUAUGACAAGGAGCGCCAUGAGGAGUUCAAGAAGUACGAGAUGACGAAAGACCAUGAGCGAAGGGAACACCUCAAGACUCUAGACGAUGAAGGGAGGAAGAAGGAGGAAGAACACUACGAGGAGAUGAAGAAGAAACAUGCAGACCAUCCCAAAGUCAACCAUCCAGGCAGCCAGAAUCAGUUCAAAGAGGUGUGGGAGGAAGCAGAUGGUCUUGACCCUGAAGAUUUUGACCCCAAGACCUUUUUCAAGCUGCAUGAUUCCAAUGGAGAUGGCUUUUUCGAUGAGCAGGAAUUGGAGGCAUUGUUUACCAAGGAGCUGGAGAAGAUCUAUGAUCCUACCAAUGAAGAGGACGAUAUGGUGGAGAUGGAGGAGGAGCGCCUGCGUAUGAGAGAGCACGUCAUGAACGAGGUGGACACCAACAAAGACAGACUGGUCUCCUUAGAAGAGUUCCUGAUUGCCACAAAGAAAAAGGAAUUCCUGGAACCAGAUAGUUGGGAGACCUUAGAGCAGAACCAGGCCUACACAGAUGAGGAGAUGAGGGAGUUUGAGGAGCACCUGGCCCAGCAGGAAGAGGACCUCAAACAGAAAGCAUCAGACCUCCAGAAACAGAGGGAUGAGUUGGAGAGGCAACAGGAACAGCUCAACUCACAGAAAGUAGAGCUUCAGCAGGCAGUAGAACACAUGGAACGGUUGAAAACCCAGAAAGUUGAGCCCCCUCCAGAGGUUCAUGUAGAAGGGAAUGCUAUCCCAGAGCUACGAGGAGAGUACCAUCCUUUGCCCCCGGGCCACCAAGAUAUGUCCCAAAACCACCCGGGUAUGAAGCAAGACAACCACCUCCAGAACCAAAUACCCCACAACACCCAGGAUUUGUCCCAACCACGACUCCAAGAUCUGCCCCCAGGCCAUCAGGCAGUGCCAUAGGGCCAAAAUUACUUACCAUAAGGCCCCCAUCAGAACCAGCCCACUCAACCCCCGCUGCCAGAUAAAACUCUAUAGACAACACCUCUGGCUCCAUGGCCCCCCACCCACAGACCUUCACAGUACUUAUAUACCUCCAGUCCAGUGUGCAGAGAUCCCUCCAUAUGGGCAUGUGUACCCCGUUAUCCUGAAAGAGUUAACUGAAAACUGUUCACACUGCUAUGCUUUAUCUUGGCCAGGUCGCAGUUGCAAAUGAGAACUUGUUCUCAACUAGCCUACCUGGUUAAAUAAAGGUGGAAAAAAAACAGCUGGAGAACACAGGAGGUGUUUACAGUAUCUCUGCCCACUUGUGGAUUUCAAUUUGAGCCUCCAAGGCCUAGAAAUGUUUUAUAGGUUUGCGGUCAGGGAAUUUGUGUUAUAGAGUGCAUAUGCGGUAUGUGAUUAUGGAUUGGUCAUAAUUGAUCAUUACUUAAAAUGCAGAGCUUUGGUGGAAUGGUUUUGGUAGUGUCAAUGUCUAUAUAUUUUGGAACAUUGUUUUUAAUUAGUGCUGUGUGAUGUCAUGACAAUUAGGCCUAAUAAUUGUCAGGUCACUUCACCUGAAUAAUGAUAAUGUUGUGAAAUGUAUGGAUUCCUGAAAAGGCUCCAUUUCAAAAGGCACUGAAAAUGGCAUCGGGAGCAUUAUGAACAGUAAAGACAACGGUCUCAUGGAACAGAAUAUAAUAUAAAAUACUUUCUUUUUUGUA